CUAAACUCACCGAUACUGGGUAGUUCUCGAUUUUUCAUCGAAAUAUCGAGACAAUCGCGCACCUCACUAAGGUGCUUAGUACAUUUUGACACUCUGGAUUUUUGGUGGUCUCGUCGAGAUAGAGUAUGUGAGAAAAAUCAUUGUUUGUUAGUAAUUAGGCAGGUGUUAUUUAUCGCGGAUAAUGUUCUAAUAUGUUAGUCGUUAUUGAUUUAAUAUCGAAUAGUAGUUUGUCUGUAUUCACUAAGUGUUCGUCUGUUGAGCGUGCCAUUCAUAGAUUUCUCAGAUAGAUCUGUGCUCAGAGAGGAAGAUGACGGUUUUGAUCUACAAUAGUGAUAUUAUUUUCGCAUAAUUGUGUUUAUUAUUCACGAUGAGUACGAUAACAAGAUCUGCUAGAGUCAGUUUAAAGCCGAUUGAAGUGCCGAAGGCUUUACAGGAGGGAGAAAAAUUCAUCAAGUGGGAUGAGGACUCUGGAACAGGUCUGCCCGUCACCCUGCGGGUGGACCCUAAGGGCUACUUCCUCUACUGGACUGACCAGAACAUGGAGGUGGAGAUGCUGGACAUUGCCACUAUCAGGGAUGUCAGGACAGGAGGACAUGCUAAAGUACCAAAAGACCCUAAGAUCCGUAACGUAGUGCUGAUCGGCUCUCAAGGUUCUCUAGAGGAAAAGACUGUCACCGUAUGUCAUGGCGCCGAUUUCGUCAACGUUACGUUCAUAAAUUUCUGCUGCACUAGAAAGGAAAUUGCACAGCUAUGGACCGAAGGCUUGUUCACGAUGGCGUACAACUUGAACCAACUAAACAACCCGACGAUCAAGUUUCUGGAGAAGUUACACACGAAGAUCACACUUAAAGCGGACAAGUCGGGGAAGAUUCUCGUUAAAAACAUCGUGAAGCUGCUAGCACAGAACAAAGAGGAUAAGAAGCGUGUGGAGAAAGCCCUCAGCGAGUCUGGUCUCCCCACGGGGAAGAAUGACACCAUCAGCCAGUGCAAGUUCCAGUUCGAAGACUUCUUCGCCUUCUAUAAGAACCUCACUCAGAGGACUGAAGUGCAGAAGAUUUUCAACAAUCUAACGGACGGCAAGCCGCAUCUGUCCGCCAACCAACUGGUCGAGUUCCUCAACGUGGUACAGAGGGACCCGAGACUCAACGAGAUCCUACACCCUUACGCCGACUUGCAACGUGCCAAAGACCUCAUAAAAACUUACGAACAUAAUAAAUAUCAUCAGCAACGCUCUCAACUCACUUUCGAUGGAUUCUUAAGGUUUCUAAUGUCGGAGGACAACCCGAUAGUGGCGCCGAACAAACUGGACCUGUGUGAUGACAUGGAGCAGCCGCUAGCACACUACUUCAUCAACAGCUCACACAACACGUAUCUAACGGGCCAUCAGAUCACCGGCAAGUCUAGCGUCGAAAUAUAUCGGCAGAGCUUGCUGGCUGGAUGCAGAUGCGUCGAGCUGGACUUUUGGAACGGCCGCACGGACGAGCCGGUCAUCGUACACGGAUACACAUUCGUUCCUGAGAUCAGCGCUAAGGAAGUGCUGGAAGCGAUAGCCGAGAGCGCGUUUAAGACGUCAGACUACCCUGUGAUACUGAGUUUUGAGAACCAUUGCAAUCCGCGGCAGCAAGCGAAGAUCGCCAACUACUGCAGAGAGAUUUUUGGAGAUAUGCUACUCGAUAAACCACUUGAUUCACACCAACUUGAACCUGGAGGGGAACUGCCUCCGCCUUCGAUGCUUCGCAACAAGAUCAUUAUAAAGAACAAGAAGAAGCACCACCAUCAUCACAAGAAGGAUGACUCCGUCGCGUCCGAGGAGAGCGAGCCGCGUCCGGAGGUACCGCAGGGGAACGGAGAAGUUAUUGCAGCUGCUCUCACACGUCAAGGGUCAUCAGAAUCAUCGGACUCGGAGAGUUCGUCAGGCGAGGAGGAGGCGGGCGGCGUGGACAGCGCGGUGGGGGAGGACGCGCGCGAGACUCACGCCGGCGCAGAGAUCUCCGCGCUCGUUAACUACGUGCAGCCCGUACACUUCAGCUCCUUCGAGAACUCAGAGAAAAAGAACCGUUUCUACGAGAUGUCUUCGUUUGAUGAGAAACAAGCCACGACUCUGCUGAAGGAGCGCCCCAUAGAGUUCGUGAACUACAACAAACACCAGUUGUCGCGAGUCUAUCCCGCGGGAACUCGCUUCGACUCCUCCAACUUCAUGCCGCAGGUUUUCUGGAACGCUGGGUGCCAAUUAGUCGCGCUCAACUAUCAGACGCUCGAUCUGGCGAUGCAGCUCAACCUCGGCACGUAUGAGUACAACAGACGCUGCGGGUAUCUACUCAAACCUGAGUUUAUGAGGAGAAAGGAUCGUCGUCUCGACCCUUUCGCAGAGAGCACAGUAGACGGCAUCAUAGCCGGUACGCUAUCCGUGACGGUUCUCUCCGGUCAGCUGUUGACUGACAAGCGCUGCGGUACCUACGUGGAAGUAGACAUGUUCGGUCUACCAGCUGAUACUGUGCGCAAGAAGUUCAGGACGAGAGUCGCUCCUAAUAACGGGAUCAAUCCCGUCUAUGGAGAGGAACCGUUUGUGUUUAAGAAGGUGGUCUUACCCGAGCUGGCGAUGAUCCGCAUAGCGGCUCAUGAAGAGAGCGGUCGUCUUGUAGGGCACCGAGUGCUGCCCGUCCUGGGGCUGUGUCCCGGCUACCGACACGUCAACCUUCGCACUGAGCUAGGGCUGCCGCUACCAGCUAGCCUGCUGCUACUUGUUGUAGUCAAGGACUACGUUCCGGACCGGCUUUCGGAGCUAGCAGAAGCAUUAGCGAACCCCAUAAAGUACCAGAGCGAGCUGGACAAGCGCGAGCACCAGCUGGCCAAGCUCACGGAGGACACGGACGUGCCCAGCGAGGCCAGGCCCGAGCGGCCCGAGCGCGCCGAGCGACACGAGCGACACGACGCCAAGCGGAACAACGUGCAGCCGAUAAGGGCAGAGGAUGCUCCUGAAGGUAGUCCUCUAAAAGAAGCCGUUUUGGAAACUAAGAAGCUUAUUGAGAAUGAAAUAGUCUCGUCACCAGUACCUGUGAACGACAAAAACUCUCAUGAAACGGAGAGCAAAACCAACGGCACGUCAGACGAGUCGCUAGCGGAAGCGCUUGAAGCGCUCCUCUCACUGAAGGUGGUUCGUAGCAAGCAGGAAGACUUGGCUCGAAAGCUGGACGCCUUGAGACGUAAAUACGAUAAGGAGAAGAAACCCGCCACGUCCAAGUUCUACGUCAGUAAUGCUAAGAAACAACUCCAGAAACGACUGUCUACGAAGAACAUUACGGAGCCUGUGGGCGGGGCGGAGGAGGGCGGCGCGGGCGGCAGCGCGGGCGCGGAGUGGCUGCAGCUGGAGCGCGAGCUGCGCCUCAAGUGCCACCACGCCGUGUACGCCGCGCUCGAGAAGCAUGUGCGCCAGGACCAGCACACGCAGAUGAAGGCGCUCGCUGAUGCGUUAGAAGUAGACAAGAAAGAAAUAUUAACUAGAUUAGCAAAUUCACGGAAGGAGGACGUAAAAGCAUUAGCCAAGAAGACAAACAGAGAUAAGGAUGAAAUCAACAGAAUAAAGCGAGAAAUACAUUCUCAGAGUGUGGAGCGCGGCGUGGCGGAGUGUUGCCGCCUGGAGCAGAAGUACGCCGUCAAGCGGGAGCAGCUCGCGCGGGCACACGACCGCCUGCUGCAGCUGCUGCUCAAGCGUCGCGAACAGGACCUGCUGGAGUUGGAGCGCAUGUGUGGCGAGGCGGGCGAGGGCUAGAGGCGGGCGCGGGCCGCUCGGAACUGUGAUAUUAUCGCCUAGGGAGAGCCGCACUGGCGCCAGCCGCCCGGGCGCGCUCAGACCUCCCGAAUAGCGCGAAUAUUUCUCGACUAACCUUAAGAUUGUCCUCGUAAUGAACCUACUCUAUCAUAAGAAGUGUGUCUUGGAGUCUUUGUAUUGCUGCAUUUAAUUGAAUUAGUCGAUAGCGGUUUGCAUGUUGUACUAACGCUUCCCCGACGUCGAGUGUGACGCGCCGCCGGCCGCGCCCGGCUCUAUACAUAUCUAAUGCACAACAUACUGGUUUUCAGAGGGUAAUUUAUCUCGUACCUAAUUAUUUCGUACAAUCUCACUAAUAGAUCUUCCUUUAUAUACAUGUAUGUAGGUGUAGCUAAUAUUAAUUCCAUAUACAGUAAAAUUUAAAUUAUUAUGAAAUUGAUUCUUAUGAUGGUUAUUCCAAUAUUUUCUGGUUAGUGAAUGCGUUUCGAAAGGCGAGAGUUUAAAAAUCUAUUGUUUAUUAUAUUCAAAACACUUAUAAAGUUUAUUCAUUGAUUUAUUGGAAUUGAUAUAAAUGUUUUGUAAUGCACUCGUUACAAAUUAGGUACGGACAUAAUAUAACACGUGCGUUUUACAUUUUAAUUGUCACGUUUUAAUAUAUUAAUUGUGGAGCUUACCCUGUGUAGUUAAGUGACAGUUAAUACAAUUCGGGUUGAGGAAAUAUAAUAAACCUUUUUUAAUCUGUGAUUUGUCGUAAAGGAUAUAGAUUAGACAUACGCACUUACUUAUCAAAGUAUUCAUCUGGUCACUAAGCUACACCGCGUGCACCAUCCGUGUAGUGUUUAUAAGUACCAUAUAUUAUGUAUAACGGCUUAUUUUGCAUUGUUUAAUCGUACUAACAGAUGUCAGUAACAGUAGGUUGUAGAAUUAACAUUCCAUUUUUUCGCUUAGUCAUUAUAUGCCGUUAAGUCUGCGUUUACACUUGAGGUGCGUAGCGAAGAAUGUUUUAAGAAAAAUAACGAAAUUUUUCAUUAAUAAAAGCGUCAGUAGUAAGGCUAAGUAAAAGAAGCUUGGUAAUAAAAAUAAAAUCUUACGCUACGCACUUUUGGUGGAAAAGCAGUUUUAUAGAGGUAUUAGUUAUUAUGGGCCAUUGCACUGAUAUCUGAUCUAGUGGUGAAACUCCAAAUAUGUUUAGUCAGUCUCGAAAGACAAGUUUCAAACACAACUAUUAUAGACAAUACAAUUUAGAAUUUAAUAGAUAGUUUAAUAGUACACAAGCAAUAGUCGGUAAAACAGUUAACCUUUGAAUUGUAGAAAAGAGUUCAUAGUUGGCGGCAAACUUUUUGCCGACGACUUUCCAAGUGAAAUAAUAAAUCAAUAUAAUUCCAAAAAUAAAAAGUAUCGUGCCAAUAACAACACCAUCUAAGAUAUUUAAGUUACAAUUCACUGCCAAUAGUAUUAUCAAAGGCUUGUGUCUUGUACUAGCAGCCUUAGACGAGCCUCUAGUAGUUAGUAGCUCCGUUCGAUGGUUCAACACAGAUCUUAUGUACUUCCAAACGUAUUGAAUAAGGAUUUUAAUAUUAAUAAUGAAAAUUUUAAUAUCAUAUUUCGUUAAAUAAGUCUUCCCUUUAUUUCCGAACGGCCCACAUUCUGUUCGAAACUAAAUUAAUUAUGUCUGUAUUUCUAAUUGAAAUUGAGCUGUUAAUACUGAUCUAGUAUUAAAUAUUUAUCAUUAAACAAGCGGGUUUUAUAUCCAAUAAGUCCGUUAAUUGAUAAAAUAGUGGACUAAAGUGAAACAACAAAUUUUAAUGCACUUGUUUUCUUGAACAAGACAAAAUUGAUUUAGUUUGUGGGCAACAGAAUCGUAGCAAUAUCAAUAGUAAUCAGAAUAGAACGCUUCCAAUAGUGUACGAGUCACGUGGCUUCAUUAGUGGAAUAUGUAACUGUAUUACGGGUUUUAUUUAUAAUAUAGGGUGUUUUAUUCAAUGGUGCUUCUUCAUAGGCUCAAAGUACUUAAAUAUUACUGAACAUUACCACUUAAACUUGGUAGCGAGUAAGGUUUUGAAUCGUCACAAUUUCGUUUCUUGUUAAAGUUUAAAUUUGUUCACAUAAUAGUUAGAGUAGAUUAGAUGCAGAUGUAAUAAUAAUAAUUUUCAAUAAUAUAGUCUCCCCUGUAGUGUUUUCUAAAUGUUUCAUUUUUGCGAGUCGUAUUGUUCAAUAAGUACCAGCAAUAAUAUAUUAUAAAUAGUGUUUACAUCCGUCUCCUCUAAACGAAGAUUGCAAUAAAUAAUAUUACGAUAUUCACUACUUUACAUAGGUUUAAGGAGAUUGCUCGCUUGGACACGUUUUUGUGCCCCUUUUCAUGGUAACACUGCCUCAAGUCUUGUGUGCUUGGUGUCGCAAAUGUGUCCAAGCGAGCACAUAAUGUAACUCGAUAGUGCAAUAUUAACUUAUGACUCGGCUGUUGCUAAUACACUGACUUAUGCACUUUCCGGACCGAUUUUUAGGGGAUAUCUAUAUUUAGUAGUUGCCAAAAUUUAGGUAAUUUUCAAUUAGUAUGAUAGAGUUACGGCAAUCUUGCAGUACAAUAGUUUCAUGCGAUUUUCGAUUUUGGUCCAUUGAUCGAUAUUUAGAUUUCGAGUCUUGACUAUACUUGCCUUGUCAUCCAUUUUUGAAGUAUGUCGUGCCGUGGAUGCCUUUCUAAACUAACUAACUUCUAGGUAGAUGAAAACUCACUUGAUUUUUCUUUGAUCAGAUAAAACAGUAUGAAAUGAACUUACAGUGUUUCUUUGUUUUAGUGUCAAAAUGUACACGCUCACGGCACGAUGAACACGAUAUAUAUUUUUAUCACUGGUGGUCAGUGACAAAGAGAGUGGCCAUUAUUUUUAUUAUAUUUAUCAAAAUGUUUUCUGUACAAAAAUACUAGUUAUCGAAUAAGUGCCAUGAAUGUAAUGAUUUUUCGGUCCCAUGUAUUUAUUAACUUUUAAACCUACUUUAUAAUACAUUUAUUAUUGUUAAAAUUAAAUUUUAGAUGCUGUUAAGAUUAUUUGUGGCGUCGUAUGGAGAUGAUUACUGAAUGAGAUUAAGUAAGAAGCAUUUAAAGACAAACGUAACAUUAACUUUAAGAUAACUGAUUGUACUAGUGUGGGGCCGGUACUGACGUCACAAAUAAUCUCAAUUUAAAACAAGAAAGUAAAAAAUGGAAACAGGGAACCUCUACUAUCUCUCGACUAUAUUUAUUGAUCUGUCUAUGCUGUAACGUAUGUAUUUGACACAAUAGAUGCUAAAUUUAAUAUAGAGAAAUGUGAGGUUAUAUCAAUGUGUUUAGAUGUAAUACUAUGGAUGUAAUAUAGAUUCCCAUUGGAAACUUGUGAUGAUUAGGUUCGUAAUGUAUAGGCACUUCACCGGUAGCGAGGAGGAUGGCUGAGUGUGACCUAGCUUGGUAGCAUUCGUUUAGACGACAACCUGAUGAGCUUAUACGCGGCACUACGUCGCUUUAUAUGAAUUAACUGUUACGUCGGAAAUGCACGAGUGAGGAUACACACUGUGAGUCGGUAGCUAGUCUAGAUUCUGUGGUUAAUACACGUGUUUGUUUUAGUGUUCAGCUGUAGGCACAUGGGAUUAUUUAGAGUUCACAUUGUCAGAUACAGUUGACUGUAGUGUUGUUAUCUCAGCACCUUGUUCGUGAGUGAUUGCGCCACGCCUGCUGCAGUGUGAAGGCAGAUUACACCUGCGAUCACAUUGUUCAGGUCACGGCUACACUUGUAAGGUUAGAAAGCAAUAGAUCUUUAAUAUGGUUCAUGUAAAGGCAGCAUUUUUGAAUUAAUCUCGAUUUUACCGUUCUCCCUACGUCCACAACUAUUUUAGCGAGUAUAUCUCUUCUAAUGACCCGAUUUUGGCAUUGUUAUUCCCGUUCGUUGACACAAAUGAUUGAAUUAGACGUAGAUAUAAUAAUAACCGUGUAACGAGUAGAUAUACGGAUGUUUAAAGUGAAACACGACUUGUUCUUGCCUUGUGUAAUUAAAUUAUUGUCUUUAGGUAAGAUGUAGGUCACGUAUGUUAUGGAAUUAUAACCACAGCAUCUUCGCACUCGUAUUGACCCUUAUUUCACGAAAGGCCUAAGCUUUUUGUUACAUUUAAAUUUCUAAAGGUUUAUUCGCAAUCGUUAGCGUAUUUUUCGAUUUGAAUCGUCUCAUUGCCCUCGUAUAGUGAAACUCCCGUAACUUGGGUUAGACGACGUGCCCCAAAAUUGCCCUAAUAUUUUUAUAUAAAAUAUUUAUUGUCUAUUUAAGAGUAUAUUGAUAUAUUUUAUUCUAAAUUAUAUUAUCUGUCCUGCUUUAAAUAUUUAUUCGUGUAGUAAUCGCUGUGGUCUUGAUGUUUGGCUACAUUGUAUAAUUAAUACCUAUUCAAAGUUCGUGUGAUUCUGCCAACUAGACGUAAGGGUUAUCUCGUAGUAUUUAAUAUUGUAAUCCGACUGCAGCUUCGACGGCGUGAUGUGUGGUACACAGAUGAUUCUACGUAGGAUAAUCUUGGAAGCUAGGUUACACUAAAACUUAGUUGUUAAGUCAAACUCGUAUACUUGUUACAUUUUAUAUUGACUAUUUAUUUAUUGAAGAGUUAUCUGAUUAUAUUUAUUGUAAUGACUAUAUCUCUUAGACUAUUCUACUGUUAUACUUCGAGUGAUGUUAGUUCGCGAGCUAAGCUGCGAUGAGAAAUAUAUUUAGUGUUCUGUAGCUGUCGUCAUCUUGCUUCCAGCGAGUUCCGUUCUCCGUGCGGGUACAGAGGGCGCUGCGUGCGUGUGUUUGUAGUUGUGUUCCUAUACUUGUAUUCUCGAAGGACUUCUCUUCAAUUGCUUCGAAUUGUUUGAGGACAUGUUCGUCUUAUUUGCUCAUACUUUGUACUGAAUCUACUCUCAUCGAUCCUUCCUGCUUAAUGCUUUUUAUACUUCUUAUAGUUUUUCGAUGUUAUACAUUGACGAUUUUUAGACGUGUUUACAUAGUUCUCGUACGGUUGCGGUUUGAUUUUGUAUUAACGCUUUAUUUAUACAAGAGUUUAUUAACUAUAUUAUUUUAUUUUCGCUCUUUUCACACUGUUAUGCAGAUUACAGACUAACCUAUAUUUUUCAAGCUGAUUUUAGAAGGUAUAUUUUUGAUGUCGUUUCCUAAAUGUUUACAAAUUUUAAUUAUAUCUACUGUAAUGUGUAGACCAUGUAAUGUAUCGUCUAACGCAUUAUGGAGUCAUGCCGUUGUAACAUUAAUAUACCUAGUUACUAAGGAUAGGUAUGUACUAUGACUCCGCUUGAUAUGUUUUGUAUUAUACUUACCGAGUUUUUAUUGUCUGGCUGGAAAAUCACCCACUUUAAAUGUUUGUAUAAACUUAAGUAUUAAAAACAAGCUCAGAAAAAUAAUUCCUACGUAUAACAUUAAUUUGUUGUGCACAGAAUAAUUAAACAAACAAAUAUUAUAACUACAAGCUUGGAACUGUAUUUUUUAACAUCCAGACACGUUGUACAGUGGACCAACACGGUGCAACAGUAAGUAAUAACUACAGCUUGCAAAAAUGAACCUUAACCAUUUGACAUAAAGUUCGUUUUAAGGUCAAAAAACUUUUAAAUCCAUACUUGUGCAAAUAUGAUCAAGCGGAGUUAAUUCAAGUGAUCGGCACAUUUCUUAUGAUCUACUUAAUAAGCGACGCUAGUAGCGGGUUGUGAAUAUUAUGAGAGCUAGUUGUAAAUGUUUAACGUUCGAAGCUGCAGUGGAUGUCUGUGUUAGGGAACCUGUGUCGCUUCCCACGGGAGAGCCGCCCGACGCCGAGGCUAGUACUUGGAUGGGGCAUUACAAACUAUUUUAUCGUAUGCAAUUCUUUUUUAUAUUCAAGCAUCGCCAUUGAAUUUGAAAAUUUGUUAUAUCUAUCGUAAAACUUAAUUACAGGCAUGGUAUACAUUAAAACUUAAAAAGAUAUUCAACUUAAUAUCGGUGUACCUAUCUUCAUGUAUUUUAGAUGAUUGAUGAUAAUUCAUAUAGUAGUUUGUAAUGCCGUAUCCAAAAUUCUAAGAUUUCGGCGUUUGAUAUAUUAUAUGUACUAGAAAAUAUACAGUAAUUGGUACAGUUCAUAACAAUUGAUACAUAACACUAUGUCGCUUGAUUUUAAAUACAAAAUAGAUCCGAUCUAUGUAUUUGUGGUUCGUAAAGCUCUUAUUUAACAUUUAAUUUGAUUUGUGAUACAAAUAACCAUCUAUAUUUUUAUUAUAUUUCUGUA